CGAAAUGCGGCGUUCAACCCAUCGUGUUCUGAGUGUCACCAGCGGAGCAGCGACAGCUGCGCGAGUCAGUCGCCGGUCAGCCGGGAUUCAUCGAUGUGUCGCUUCUUCCGCCGACAGUGCAGCGUCGCCUUGUGGAGGAGGCAGAUCUGCGCCAGCCUAUCAGUAUUGGCAGCGCCGCAGCAACAUCAAGCCAGAUGCCAACCAGCAGGGCAUCUUCUCUAUCACAAGCACUGUACGUACCAAGGCAGUCAGACCGAUAUAUAUAUGAGGUGAAUAAGACGAUGUGCGUGUUGUCUGUGUCUGUCUGCUGUGGUUUCAGGAGCUUCAGCGUCUCCCUGUGGUGGAGUUCGGCAGCCGAAUCGUGCUGGUGCGCACCCUGGAGGAAGAUGCUCGCAUCAAAGACAUAUUUCAGGCCGAAUGUAGGUGUAUGUGCAGUCACGUCACACACGGUUGCGGUGUCUGUACUGUCCUUCCUUCCUUGCCAUUGCAUGAUCUGAUCUCGUUGGUUCGUUGAUCUGAUCAGCGUUGUUGGGUUACGACACUGAGUACCGUCCGUCGUUGACUCCGUCGGCCAAGAGCCCCACGUCGCUGGUGCAGCUGUCGAGCGGCAGCGUGUGUGUGCUGUGGCACAUCAAAGAGCUGGGCGGCAUACCACCCACACUUCUCGACAUACUGCAGGAUCCUGGCAAACACAAGGUGGACGAGGCCUGUGUGCACACUGACUGAUGGUCCAGUUUACCCACAUCUCGAUUCCGACAUGAGUGUGUUUGUCACGUGACGUUGUGUGUGUGUGUAUUGGUGUUGGAUAUGAUAGGUGUCCCAGGGGGCGACGACAGAGAUGACUGUGUUGAAGAGUGAGUUCCAGGUGGUGCCCAGGGGAUUCAUCGACCUCCACCACAUCGCACUGUGAGUACUGAACCCACACAGGCAGGCAGGCAGGCAUGGCACGGCACACUCAUGGCAUGCCAUGGACGCCGUAUGUGUCCCUCCCUCCCCCUCGCUCACUCUUUCUUUGAUGUAUGUGUGUAGUAGCCUGAAGUGUUCUGCCCGGUCACUGCAGGCCUUGGCCGGCAUGUUUCUCGGACGCCAACUCAGGAAAGACCUCCAGGUCAGUCAGCUAUUUAUUGCUGUCUACACCUUAAGGCACUGCCGGCCGACUUAGCAAUCGUGUCCUUCCGUGUAUUACUCAGAUGUCGGAUUGGGAGCAGGUGCCUUUGUCGAGGAGUCAGGUGGUCUACGCGGCCACCGAUGCGUGGGUGACGCGACAGACCCUCCUCGCCAUCAGAAGCUACUUUCAAGUCGACAAGCUCACCUGCGAAAAGUACACAUCACACACACACGAGCGCACGUGGAGGGGAGGCAGAUCAGAUGCGAUGCACACGUGUACGUCUACUGAUUGCACUCACUGUAGGUUGAUAGAUCCCGUGCGUGACGGCACCCCCCUGUCCCUUUCGUUGGUGACGCCCCAGAUCCAGCACCCCACACAGGCACCACCCGUCUCACCAUCAUCAGGCAACGGCGCCGCCGCACCGCAGCGCAUCAUACCACACUCCUUCACCUACCAGCCAGACUUCAUCCACAAACAGACCAGUGACGGUGACGGCAGCCCCUUCGCGGCCGAGCCCCCCACCUCCCCCUCUCCCCCCAUAUCCCACCCCUCUGGCCGGCUGCCGGUGGCAGCCACAUUUGGCCGCGGUGGUGAACUGUUUGGUGGGGCCGCUGCGACUGGCCCGUCGCCUCGAGCGGUCAAGACGGCCCCUGCCAGGCGCAGGGGGGGCGGCAGGGGCCAUGGCGCCAAGGCGGGUGAGGCGGGGUCUGCGGCAGCGGGCAUCGACGACAACCCUGUGGCACUCAAGGAACGUGAUGACGUCAUCCGAAAGAUAUUGGGGCAGGCACAUGGAGCACUGCCCCCGAUGACUGCUGACACCCUCGUCCAGUCGGCGCAGCAGACUCUAUCGGUGAGUCACCCACUCACGCGGAGACACACGCAGACAAGGCAGGCCUCUGUGCAUUUAUUAACUGUAUGUCUGUAUGUGUGUGUCCGCUCCAGGCAUUGUGCACUCGCGAGGGUCACGUGCUGGAGUUCGGCGGCGUCGAAUCAGAGAGGGGCGGAUUCAGGGUCAGUCAAGCUGGGAGGGAGGGAGGGAGGGAGGGAGACAUGCAUCCGUACGUACGAGUCUGCCCAUGAAUGUGUGUAUUCAGUGGAUCCUGUCUGUGAGGGUGGGCCAAGACUUCCUCAGGUUCAAGGUGAGUGACACAGCCACGCAUGACCCAGAGAGGCACACAUUGAUAGAUCCAUGUGCCUACGGACGGCGACUGUCUGUCUGUCUGUCCAUGAGUGCAGUCAUAUACGAGCCACGCCAACAUCCGCGACGCGCAAAACGAUGCGGCACUGCAGGUGAGGUGAGGGGUCAUCCCAUCCGGAUGUCUGUAUGUCUGUACAAACAAACUGCCCACCCCACAUGCUGCCCUUGUGUUGUGUGUGUGUCAGGCUCUGUCUGCCCUGCUAACUGAGCGUGCACAGCCAGGGAAUUCGGGCGGGCCCAACACAGACAGCAUACAGACACCCUCUGAGGCCGCAGGGGAGGGCGAGAGUGAGCCGUCGUCGGCCAGGGUGGAGAGGCGGGACAGGAGGGCGUUGACAGCUUUGAGGAAGGCAGAACAAAGGACCAUGACUACUGCGUUCCUGCCAGACUGAAUCAUGUGACGUACACGCGUGGGGGCUGUCAGGAUUGCCAGCUUGGCAAGACGAAUCACUGCGAGCUUGUGAGCCAGGGUAGAUUGCUGUGUAACGGAGAGAGAGAGGUGAAGACAAGGAAAGACAAGGAAAGCAUUCUGAGGAGACACGAUCUUAUCAGCCAUCACCGAAGUGAGAUCUGUGUUGACCACCCUUCAUGAUGCCAUACAUGGACAGAAACAACUUUGACUGAC